AUGCCUGCUAAAGUCUCUUCCCACCUUAGCGAAGAUAGGAAAACGAAAAUCGAGACCCUCCGCAAACGAUCGAUCAACCUCUCCCGACAAUUCGUUAACUCACCAUCCUCCCGCUCUGUAUCAGACUUCCUUGAUGAGAAGAGUAUGAUUUUUAACUGCGAUAUCGAAUACAUUCAAAAUGGAACAACAGAGUUGCAAGUAGUUCGGAAACAUGGAUUGUAUGAAUUGGAAUUCGGCAAUGCCAUGCAGUCUUUUCCGGAUGGUUGGGCGACUAUCCAGCGAGAGCUAAACUUACCAAAAGAAAGACCGCACAAGUCCACAUUGACCACCCUUGCUCGGAAUGUUUCCGGAUUCAAACUUCCUCCUUCGGCUACGGAAGAAUCGAAGUUUAUGGAUGAAGCCUAUUUAUGUGUCACUUCUGUCGCCGGUCUCAUUGUGGGUUAUAAAAAAUGA